AUGGUUGAACCCAGUAGCGCAACUCCCCUAUCCUCUCCCCCAUUUUCUUCCUCUGAUGAAAACACCUCCCACGGUGCUAUCGAAUCUUCCUCUCGAUCAAAAUCACCAUCAUCGAAGAGGAGACGCGGUAGGCCCGUGGGCUCCAAGAACAAACCAAAACUAACCCUCUUCAUCAGCCAAGACCACCACCAUGCCCACAAACCUAUUUUCAUUCAGGUCCCCAGAAACUCUGAUGUGAUUGGGGCACUCACCCAAUUCGCGCGUGACUACCAAAUUAGCAUCACCGUGCUCAGUGCAUCGGGAUCUAUUCUCAACGCCACUCUUCGCCAAAGUCACUCUCACAAUUCCACUUUCAUUCUUCAUGGACCCUUCAAUUUAGUUUCCCUCACCGGCACCUGCAUAAUUAACAGCCCUUGCGCUGCUUCCUCCUCCUCCUCAUCUGAUCUCGAUUUUCAUUCUUCUUUUAACAUUUCUUUUUGUUCAAAUUUAGGGCAAAGCUUCAUUGGGGUUGUUGGAGGAAAGGUUGUGGCAGGUGAUGAUGUUGCUGUGGCAGCUAUACUAUUUUCAAGAACCGUUAAGAAUCAAUCAUGA